AGCUCACAGAUCCUCCUUGCAUCUUCCUUGCAUCCUCCCUCAGAGAUCACAAUGGCCGCCGUCACCGCAUGCGCUUCGACGACCCUGGCUGGACAGGCUUUGGGAUCCAGCAGCAAUGAGCUCGCCCGGAAGGUGAACGUCGGCGAAGCCCGCAUUGUUAUGCGCAAGACCAGCUCCAAGAGCUCCUCCAGCAUCUGGUAUGGUGAGGACCGACCCAAGUACUUGGGCCCAUUCUCUGGUGCCACUCCCUCGUACCUGACCGGAGAGUUCCCUGGUGAUUACGGGUGGGACACUGCUGGACUUUCAGCUGAUCCCGAGACCUUCGCCAAGAACAGAGAGUUGGAGGUGAUCCACGCUCGAUGGGCCAUGUUGGGAGCUCUGGGAUGCGUCACCCCCGAGCUGCUGGCCAAGAACGGCACCAAGUUCGGAGAAGCAGUGUGGUUCAAGGCCGGGUCUCAGAUCUUCAGCGAGGGAGGUCUGGACUACCUCGGCAACUCGAGCCUCAUCCACGCCCAGAGCAUUCUGGCCAUCUGGGCCUGCCAGGUCGUGCUCAUGGGAGCCAUCGAGGGAUACAGAGUGGCAGGAGGACCCUUGGGUGAUGUCGUUGACCCCAUCUACCCCGGAGGCUCAUUCGACCCCUUGAACUUGGCUGAGGACCCAGACACCUUUGCUGAAUUGAAGGUGAAGGAGCUGAAGAACGGAAGGCUCGCCAUGUUCUCGAUGUUCGGAUUCUUCGUCCAGGCUAUUGUGACCGGAAAGGGCCCGAUCGAGAACUUGUCGGACCACUUGGCCGAUCCAACUGUGAACAACGCGUGGGCGUACGCCACCAACUUCACCCCCGGAAACUAGGCGAAUUCCGCUGUACAUAGAACUAUUCGCCGCCAACUCCUCCGUUUGUACCAUAAAUUUAUCGUAUUGGCUCUCGCCGGUUGCCAAUGAUUUUUACAUUAUGACAGAAGGAUUCUAGAUUGUCUGGUUCAGGUUUCUCUUUGGGUAUGGUUCUAAGAAUUGUCGGAUUUAUGGUGCUAUCUCGAACUCAAAAUUUGAGAUCAGUCACUUAUUUCGAGACAAGGUAGCUCAGACUAGACAAGUCGAACUCAAAAUUCGAGUUGCUUAGGGAAAUGAGUCACUCAGUUGAUGUAAACAUUCCCGGUAAAAGAUUGAAUUUUCAUCAACGUGUGAGUACUUGCAGUUGCUGCUCAUUUGCGAUUUGCUCAUUUGCAAAAUGAUCAUCGUGUAUCACCUGACUGAUUCAUGAAUAGUUAUAAUCUCAUACAAGAAAAAUAGUUCUGUAUACUCUGUGAACGCAUUAAUGACCAGGUAAAUUAUUAUUGAUGAUACUGAA